CCUUAACCUUGGGACCAUGCAUAUGACGAAAGAUCAUGGCUCUCUAUGAUGAUCUUUGACUUUGUGAAUGGCAGGCUGUACAUGUACAUGUACAUCAUGCAUGUAUUGUACACUUGUAUUUGUAUAAGUCAAGUAGCAGUUGAUGUUCAUUGCAUUGCAAUACAAUAAAGCUGUGAAACUCAAAAUCGUGGCAGGCGCAGACUGGAAAGGAUCGGCGGCCCUUGCUGUUCUUUAUCUGUUGCACCGUACCGUCUGAUUCAUGAUGGACGCUCACCGUCUUGAAGUUAAGCUCUUCACACCGUUUGUCACAGAGAAGGAUGCAGCAGAGCUCGUCCUGCGGCUGUACUCCAUCAAAGCCAUCGAGGUGAAAGAGCUCGACAGCUACAUGGAUCGGGCUUUCGUGGUGAGGUCGGCCCCAGGCAAAGGGAUCGACGGACAGACAGACUUCAUUCUCAAAGUGUUGAAUACAGACGAGACCACCGACCCUCCUGAUACUGUCGCAGUGCAGAUGAAGGUUUUGGACCACUUGAGGCAAUUCCCGGAGUUGAAAUGCCAAGUUCCCGUGCCAACCGUUGACGGCAAACUGCUGAGCUAUGAGAUGCUUCAAAAUGACUCGAUGAGUAAUGGCAUUGUCACGAGUCGAAAGGGUUUGUCGGCCGUGCGUAUGUUCGUUUAUCUUCAAGGUCAGCCAUUAGAUGAUGUGGCCCCUGUGCCAUCGGAAUUCUUCUAUAAAAUGGGUCAACACAUCGGUGAUUUGCAGCACGCUUUGCAGACCUAUCCUGGUAAUGUUGAGCCACUCAAGGAGAAAGCCAAUGUUUGCUACUGGUUUUCUGAGAACAUCCAACAGAUCAAACAUCACCUGCAGGUUGUCGAAGACCCCCUGCGAAGGGCUCUUGUGGAAGAAGUGAUUGACGAAACCCUCGGAACUGUUACCCCGAUACAGGAAGACCUAAGGAAAGGCAUAGUUGUCUAUGAUUGCAGUCAUUGGAAUUUACUUGUCAGAUCAGCCGAUUCGGCAAACGGUACGAAACAAAGCGACAAGACCACCGCGGGCGAUUUUGAGAUCAGUGGCAUUAUCGACUUUGACACAAUGGUACACACUGCGCUGGUCUACGAAAUCGCGGUCUCGAUGAUGUACCUGAUGCUGUGCAGCGAUUCGCCGCUGGAAUGUACCGCCCAUCUGCUGGCGGGCUUCGAAUCGCGCGCUCCGCUCUCACAAGACGAGCGCCACCUACUACGAGUUCUGAUCGCCGGAAGAUUUGUGUAUUCAUUGAUAUAUGGUUUGGUGUUGCACAAGGCACAACCCCAAAAUGCGUCUAUUCUGAGUUCGCAGGUCAGAGGAUGGGAAUGUCUUGAGCUUCUCUGGAAAAAAAGUUCAGAAGACCUGAUGAAUUUGUGGGACAAAAUAAAACGGUUGUAUGAAUAAAGAAGUGUGAAACAUUUUGAAUUAAUACUGAAACCGGCCUGAAGAGAUAAUUAUAGUUUUAAAAACCAUCCUAUGGAAACAUGUAUUGUGAGCCUUGUUAUUACUUGGGUAAAUAUUGGUCAAGACCCCCAUUGGUUUGUACACGGUAUGCCAGGAGGUGAGGAAGAAAAUUUUGACCAUAUGUGACCUCUUAAAUAGUUAAUUUGACUAUUAAACCCUUUUAUUAUGCUACUUUAUCUUUAAUGUCAGAAAUUUCAAAUGUGAAUCGAUGCUGCAAAUUUUUUUUAGUGGAGAACAUGUUCAAAAAUGGGCAUUCAAAUAUGGUAUUUAAACUGUCAAUCUUUUUACAAAAAUAUUUUACAUCAAUCUGACGUUCUGUAAAGUAUGUGUGUGUGUGAAGUUUUUACAGGCUGCACUUAACAUGCUUAACAUUUUCACUAUUUUUGUAUUGUAAAAUAUAACUUAAGCACAACAUUUUUAAAGUUCAAACGAACAAUUUAUCUUAAUUUUCGAGGAUGUAACGUUUGAUUAACCAUUUAUUAUGUAAUUAACAAAAAUUGGAAUUGUACCUUUGUGAUCCGCAACUGUCGAAAUAAACUGAAAAUAUGAUUCGAA